AUGGAUUUCCGUGCACCGCCGCCAUCUCCUGUGGCCUCUGCCAGGCGUUCGUCCUCGCUCUCCAACCACGACGUUUUCCGCCGAUUCUUGGAGACUUCUCUCCGUCUCCCAAACAUUAACAACCACCAUCAAACACCGCUUCCAAAGGUUGACUUCCCCUCCUUAUUUUCCGACCAUGCUGUUCGUCACGUCGUUUCGGACUCUUUCACAACUGUCGGAUGCUUUCAGCUGCUCAACCAUGGGAUUCCACUGGACGUUACCGCCUCGUCGGCGGAAGCUUCCGUCGGAAUUUUCCGGGUGCCGCCGGAGAAGCGAGGCUGCGCGACGAGGUCGGCGGAGAGUCCGUGGGGUUUCGAGGAAGAUGACGAGUUCGUGUGGGGAAGAAAUAAGGAGUUCAACCUCAGAAUGGAGCGACUUUGGCCAGCCGGAUAUUCCAAUUUCAAUAAAAAGAUGGAGAAUCUUGUCACUAUGAUAGAGAAGGUGGCCGACAAAAUUUUGCAAGUGAUGUUAGAAGAUUGUCCCAAAAAAAAUGCUUAUUCUGUUGACCUGAUUCGCUGGCAACGUGGGACACUUUGUUCUGUUCAUAAGCACUGCUCAGAUAACAUGGGAGGACAAUAUGCUACCAACUCUCUAGAGUAUGAUGUGAUUAAGAUGUUGAUUAGGGUAAACCAUUACUCUCAUUGCUUGUGCUUGCAUCUAUGUGAUGGAUCUUCCGAGUUUCAAGUUUACUCCAAGAAAGGUUGGCUCUCUUUCUUCCCAGAAAAAGGAGCCCUAGUAAUCACCGCUGGAGACCAAACUCAGUACCAAUUAAUUGAUGGGAAAGAACUACCAAUUAACCAGCUUGGCAUUGCCUUGUUUCAGUUGUUGAGUGAUGGACUCUACAAGCAUGUGAUUGGAAGGCCAAUAUAUAAAGGUGAGAAAGAGGACUACAUUUCAAUGACUUUCCUCUAUUCUCCGCCAAACAAGAAGGACAAUUUUCAAAACAGUAGGGAAAGAACUAUUUCACUGGGCAUGCAAGUCAUAUUGGCAAUGAUUCUGACCCUUGUGUAUCAUGUUUUGAUUUAUGUCUAUAAAAUUUUUGAGUUGUCUUUGUUAUGA